AUGGCCCAGCAAAAGCCCAAAGUACUAUGUCUAAGCUAUCCCGAGUUCACGGAUAAGGCGUACCUCGCUGACUUCGAGACCAAAUUCGAGCUCCACUCCCUUACAUCGCUCGCCCGCGCCGGCCUGGUUCCCGAACUAGCGGCCCGGGUGCGCAGAGAUGGGCCCUUCGACGCCGUGAUCGUGCGCAUAGGCACCAUUGUCUUCGAGCCAUUUGACGCAGAGAUGCUUUCCCCUUUACUCCCCGACUGUCGCAUCAUAGCCUCUGCUUCGGCAGGGUAUAAUGAAUUCGACGUAGACUGGAUGACCCGCAACGGAAUAUGGUUCUGUAACUCGCGCAACGCUGUGUCAGAAUGCACGGCUGACAUGGCUAUAUUCCUCAUCCUGGCCGUGCUGAAGAAUGCUUCUGUUGCGGAACGGUGUGCGAAAAGCGGGGUUUGGCGGCAGGGCAUCGAGGGCGUUAGUAGGUCUCCUCGCGGGAUGGUGCUGGGUAUUAUUGGGAUGGGCAGUAUUGGGAAGGUAGGCUCGAGACGAUAUGUUGGGAGAAUACAUGCUAAUUGAUUUGAUGUGCGGCUAGUAUCUUGCUAAACGGGCAGACGUGUUGGGUAUGAAGGUGGUGUAUUACAAUCGGAACCGCCUUGCGGAGGACGUUGAGAAGCAGUAUAACGCCAGAUAUUGCUCGACGCUGGAUGAACUGCUUGCCUGCUCGGAUGUAAUAUCCGUCAAUUGUCCGCUGAGCAAAGAGACUACGAAUCUGCUCGGGCGUGAACAGUUCGAGAAGAUGAAAGACGGGGUGUACUUUGUCAACACCGCCCGGGGACAGAUCGUUGAUGAAGAGGCAUUGAUAGAUGCGCUAAAGUCUGGAAAGGUCAAGAUGGCUGGUCUAGAUGUGUUUCCUAACGAGCCUAACAUCAAGUACGUUUACGAGGAUUGCUAUCUAUAUUUUGUCUAUGUUCGUUAACGGCUAACGGUGUUACUGCAGUCCGCAUUUCAUGGAGAGCGACAAGUGCAUACUACAGCCUCAUCUGGGUGGGUACACUGACGGAGCCUUCAGGCUGUCCGAGCUUGAGUGCUUUGAGAACAUCAAGGCAUGGUAUGCUACGGGAGUGCCCAUCUCGCCAGUUAAUAAAAUUGAAAAGCAGACAUAGAUUAGACCUAUGGAAUGAAUAAGAGUAUGGUACUGGUAGUAUAUUUUACCAGCUCAAGGCUGGCAACCUAGGUAGAUAGGACACAAUAUUCCUGUUAUUAGCCGCCUAUUGUCUUUCUUCGUCUUUUUGACGGGGCCAGGGAGCCACCCAUGGACCGCUUUGGUCCUUUUUUAACCAUCCCCUAAUAUUGGCGUGGAUUGUAGAAGAUAGAACAGCUUCAUCUUGGAACCCAUUGGUCUGAGUAGAUGUUAUCUUGGGUGGCUUGGUUUUGGUAGGCAUUAUAUCCGUGAUAAUGCCACGGGGGCAAAGCACCGGCCUCAUCCUGUAGAAGUGAUGUUAGCAUAUUGCUUUCAUCAAGUGAUCAGGCAUGACAGUCGUGAUUUACCAGAAGCGAAUGCAUACUGUAUGUAUAUGUAUAUAAUAAUUGGUAUAUUGAUACCGAAUACCGAACACGGAAUGCCGAGGCACCCGAGCCAGACGGUCUGGAUGUAGAUCAUGUUAGUUUUAGGGGGGUCACGUUGGUAGGAAAUAUUGGAAAGGGGGAAAGGGAUAAGCAGUCAAAGAACAUACCGGAGAAGAGGCUUACCACGGGCAAGCCAGUGUAGAAGCAACUGAUUCAGUGUACUUAUGUUGUUCCCGUGAGAAUAUAUCGGGGCAAUCGGCCGUUUAGAGUACUGUUCAAGAUUGACAGACAGGCAGGGCGGCCAUAUAUAGGCGGGAGGGCGUAGAGUCGACCUCAGAUGCCCACUCACCCACGGCCC